CUUCCAUUGGGCUUAGAUAUGCCAGAAAACAGUCUCGAGCUCCUCAAUUUUCCGAAGGAACUACCAUCAGGUCUUGAUGGCGAAUUGCAGCGAAUAUCGACUUCUCGAGCUACAGAUUUCGCCUCAUUCCAACACCACUGUCAUUGGCUUUGGCCUUCCAUUUCAUGGAGCGAACGCGACUGUUGACAAUUGGGUCAAUAAACACGCUCUAAAUGCUGGGGUAGCUCCCUUGUGCUUCAAAUCCCUCUUCUUCUUCUUUUUUCUUUUCAACUCGCUUUCCUUCCUCCUUCAUCUGCCAUCUCUUGAAUUUACGUACAGAGAUUUCUCUUCUUUUCACAGCAACCUCUUCCUUUCACGUCAGGCGGCACGAGGUAUAUCGUGCAGUCAUGCUCCAUCUCUAGCGCGACUCCAUAUCUAACGAACUCUCCAUUAACGCUCUCCCGAAACGACCACAGGUCCAUUCAACAUGACCAGCAACAGAUUUCGCCUCAUUUCAACACCACUGUCACUGGCUUUGGCCUUCCAUUUCAUGGAUACGGUGAGGACCACAUGGCCUCGCUCCUCCCCUCUGCUAUUGUGUGAUGCCUGGG